AGCAAACAAAUAUGAAUCAAAGCAAUAAUCUAGAUGAAGAGUCUAAACAAGACAGUGAAAAGUAUUGAACAAGUAAAGACCUAGGAUCUUCACUCAGAAGCACUAUUAGUCAUCCUAUGAGAUUUGGGAAUAUUGAGGAAGAAACUUGGAGUCAUAAUAGAAAGGAUACCAUCAACUCUUUUUAUUCUUGGGAUAGGACUUGGAAAGGCAUGAAAGAUUAUGUGUACAGGAAUAUUAGAGACCACAUCGAUGAAUGUGAUGCUAUCUGUAAUGAUAUUAACAACCACUUGCAACGAGAGCUUGUAGAAUUGAAAAAUUACAAUAAUUCUUUCAAAUAAGUCUGAUUUGAAGAAAAUUGAAGAUAAAAUAACUCCUCUUUGGAACAAGUUUAAAGAGAGUGAUUUAUUCAGAACCUUUUGUGUUGAGAAAGUGUCUAGCCAAUAUAUGGAUGAUGAAGAUGACCAUGUCAACAGGCUUAAAAGCAAACUGACUGAAAAAGAUAUGAUUAUUCUUAACUAUAAAAUCAAACUAGACAAAAUAUCUAAGAAGCUCUCGGAGAUGAACAAAAGCAAUGUCAAAGAUAGUGAUUUUAAAGAGCUCAGAGUGAUGGCAAAGGAAAUUGAGAUGAGAGUUCCUGGCGUUGGUGAGAAUAAAACAAAGCAGGCUUCCAGCAGAAGCGAACUUAGCUACCUAGCAAUGAGGUCAGCUGCUAGAUCCUGUCAAAAUAAUUCUCCAGCAAAUGGGGUGAAGUUAAAAAGAAUGAGAAAAGAAGAAAAUAAGAAUCAAGAGAUCGCAGAAGAAAAUUCUGAGCAAGAGAAUGAUGAUGGAAUGAGUGUUACAAUAGGAAUGGGCGAUCUUAAUCUACAAAGUGAUUGCGGUCAGUGAGAUGUAAUAGAUCUUUCCCAGCAUAAAAGUUCUGAGGAUGAACUUGAUCCAUAUAUGGAGAAAGAAAUUGGAGGGGAACCAUCGCAAAAGUUACAUAAAAUUAUACAGCCAAGUAUUCAACAAAAAGAUCUCUCACCAAACAAAUUGGAUCCUCCUAAUCCUGGUUUCGAGUAUAGCUUCGGUCCUAAUUCUGAAGCUCCAUCUUCAAUGACCUCCAAGAAUAUUUCGGAAGCUUCAAAAACUAUAUCCGAAAACCGACGGGAUGACUCAUCUAUGCAACAAAAUAACCUAAAUAUGGAUACGAAUUCAGAACAAGAUGUUCAAAAAUCUAAGGAGGACUCAGAAGAAGACUUAAGUGAAGAAACUAAGAAAGAGCCUAUAGAAGAAUCAAAGUCUGAUAUGCACAUGGAAGCUGGCAGCCAACACUCUGAUGAUGAAAUUAGUUACCCACUUGAAGGAUCCUGAGUUUUGUAUAAUUUGUCUUCAGAGCAAGACCAAGCUUUCUUCCGUGACUGCGCUAGCAAACUUCCGAACUUAAAACUUAUUGAGUUUCGUGUUAACCUCAAAACCCCUGAAAGCUUCUUUGAGUUCUGUGAAAAGUAUUUUCCUGAUGAAGUUCAAAACUGUAAAUUUUCUGGAACAAUAUCUCCUGAGUUCUUGCCAAUUGGCUCAUUCUUAGAUACAAUACUCAAAAUUAGUACCAAUGUCAAAGAAGCUUUAGAGAUAAACAACUUCAGCUUAGAUCAAACUCAACUUGAUAAAUGCAUUGAGCAAUGUAAGGCAGAAAAGAAGCUGAUAUUUUCAUCAUGCUUAUUUUCUAUCAGAGACUCUCAAGACCUAUUCAAUUUCCCUUCAAAACCUACAAUAGCAGACCUCAGAUUCGACGAACACUGUCUUUCUAACCUAUCCACAGACCUUGACUCCGAUCCUAUUCUCCUCCCCUUCAGAGACAUCAUAGGGUCUCUAAAAGAAUCUGAGCACUACCAAAAACUGUUCGAAAAUCCAUCAAUCGAAAGCCUUAAGCCAUCAUAA